GUGUCACGUGUGUUUCCGAACAACAUGGCCGCUGCCCAGUUAAUAUAAGACAAAUAUCACCAAGGGAAAUGUGUGGAAUCUUUUGCAGUAUUUUCUCUUCGUCGGAUGAAACUCUUGUUAAACAAAAAGAAGUUUAUGAAAAAGUGAGCAAGUUUUUGCGGAGGCGAGGUCCAGACUCUUUUGGCCAAAGACAACUAAAUUUUCCUUUCUGCAAUGGUGACGAACAAGAGUUUUGGAAGUCUAUGGCUAAUGGCACCUGUUGUCUACUCUUGGCUGCUGCUGUCCUUCAUCUUCGUGGGGCAAAAAUAACUGUACAGCCUGUUGAAGAUGACUUUGGUAACAUUUUGGUUUGGAAUGGUGAAAUAUUGAAUGGUCUAGAGGUCACUUCUCAAGAAAAUGACACAACAAGAUUAUUGAUGUACUUGCAGUCUUCAAAUGAUAUUGAUCAUGUUAUGAAAGUUAUGAGCUGUAUUAAAGGACCAUGGGCAUUUGUUUACUAUCAAGCUGCUAGUGACUCGCUGAUUUUUGGUCGAGAUUAUUUUGGUCGCCGUAGUUUACUUUGGCAUCUCCCAUCUUCACGUGUCGACAUUUUUUGCCUCUCGUCUGUGGCAACACGAACGAUGGAAAAAGACAUUGGAGAACAGUUUUGGAAAGAGGUACCGGCUGAUGGCAUUUAUACUGUUGACAUUCGGAAACUCAAUCGGGCUUUGUGCGGCGAUGGCGACGUGAUGAAUCGUGGCAUUUUCCUUCAAAAACAUCCCUGGAAAAGAUGUGAUGAUUUUGGCUUUCCCAUGUCUCCAGUUGAUAACCAGUUCAACAAGGAUAUCUCGAGAAUUUUAUUGACUUCAACGGAAGAAAGCCUUGCGCAAGUCAAGUGUGAUUCUUCCUUUGAAAAUGCAUGUGAACAUGGAGCAUCGCCUUCUAUGCAAUGUGGCAAUGUUUUAGAUGUCUCUGUAAAUCUAAAUCGCCGUAAACUAUUGCCGUCUGUAUCAUAUGAUGAAAUUAAUUCACGUGUUUCAAAAAACGGCGCGAAUUUAACGCAUAGAGAGCAACGUAAGAAUGGGACAAAAAAGGAAUGUGAAGUUGACAGAUCUCCUUCGUCCGCUGACGCGCUGUAUGUUGUCACUGCUGAAACUGACGUGGUCGUUGCUCAGUUCAAAAAUAUUCUUAUGGAAGCUGUUCGUAGGCGUGUCUUCAAUUUACCUCGCGAAAACUUGCCUGAUUUAUCCAAACGUCCCUUUCAAGCGAAAAGCGUAAAUAACGAAAGGAAAUCUGGCCAUGUUGGCAUCCUCUUUUCGGGAGGAAUAGACUCGAUAGUGUUAGCUGCUUUAGCUGAUAGAUGUAUUCCUUCCGAAGAAGCUAUCGACCUUAUCAAUGUUGCCUUUGAGCAAAAAGUACCAGCAAUGAGAACGAAAACCAAAAGAGGAAAAGCAAAAGACAAUAAUAUUGACCAUGAACUGCACAGCUUUAAUUUUGACGUACCGGAUCGUGUAACAGGGAGAAAAGGUCUUGCUGAACUAAAGAAAAUUAACUCGCAUCGAACGUGGAACUUUAUUGAGGUGAACGUAACUUUGCAAGAAUUGCAAAAAGAACGCUCCAAUAUAAUAACGCAUUUGGUUUCGCCUCAAAGCACCGUACUCGAUGACAGCAUUGGAUGUGCUUUGUGGUUUGCUGCUAGAGGGCGAGGGAACAUGGCUUCUAUCGAAAGUUUAGAAAACCGAGAUCAACAUGGGUUGUCAUGUUCAUCAAAUACAUAUACGUCUCCGGUGAAGGUAUUACUGGUUGGGAUGGGAGCAGACGAGCAACUUGGAGGAUAUGCGCGACAUCGUUCUCGUUUUAAUAAAGAAGGAUGGGAAGGACUGAUGGAUGAAAUGCAAAUGGAAGUUGAUAGAAUAUCGGAAAGAAAUCUUGGUCGUGACGAUCGGUGUAUAUCUGAUCAUGGUCGUGAAUCUCGUUUUCCAUUUCUUGAUGAAGACGUUGUUUCAUUCCUCAAUGCUUUGCCUGUUUGGACAAAAUGUGAUCCACGUUUACCUCGUGGUACUGGAGAAAAGAUUAUUUUACGCCGAUUAGCCAAAUUACUGGGACUUAGUGGGUCAUGUAACCUUCCGAAAAGGGCAAUCCAAUUUGGAUCGAGAAUAGCAAAGCUUGAAAGCUCAACUGAAAAAGGCGGGGAAACAUGCAUGAGAUUUUGAUGGUCGAGUUGGUGCAGGUACCCGACAAUCUUUGGUCACGUUUUGACAUAGCUUUGGUCGUCGUCCUUUGUACGUAUGAACUCGAGAUGAUCUUUCUUCGUCAGGUGAAGAAAAUUUCAACUUCUUCAAAGCGGCGGAAGGAUUUCUUGCUAGUAGUUGCAGUAGUUGGGUACAUUCGCUCCCGUUGGACUUCUCUUCCGGCAUACGUUGCCGCUGCAUGUUGAGCAUUUUUUACUUAGUCUGUUCUCGAACGAAAAAGUACGAAAUGCUACGUAUAUGUCUUGCUUGUGUAUCAAACCUUCUGCAAUAAACCUUUCUAUUCAUGCA